GACGAAGUUGAUCGACCACUCUGCCGUACUGGUACGGUAGCCUAAAUAUUUUAAGAGAGGGACGCUAGCUCGCCACUUUUUCCGCCGAAAGCCUAGCACACACACGUACCGAAGAAACCACAAAUAUCUCUCAGAAACCUUCACAAAAAAGAAAGAAAAAAGGACGAAAAAAAGAGAAGGAACUUGAGCAAAAUGGGGAAGCUCAUCAAGAACCACUUGGCUCGCCUCAUCAUCCUCACAGCGGCGACGUACCAGAUCAUGGCUGGCCUCCACGGCUACUUCUGGCCCAAGAUCUUCUGGGAUACGUGGACCAAGUGAGUUGCUGCUCAGCACAUUGUUUCCCCUCAGUGGAGAGCACGAACUAACAAACAUCCUCUCCUUCAGGUCCCUUGACGGUGCCGUCAAGCCCGUCCCCGCCCUUCAAACCCUCAACCUGUUGAUGGGUAUACUCGGCGUCUGCUGGGAAUAUCCCCUCCCGUUUCUCGUCCCCAGCACCGCCUUCCACCGAAGUAUCGCUGCGAGGCUCACCAUCUACCCUCUCAGCGUCCUCUGCGCCGCGCUCCUGUACCAGGGCACCAACGCAGCGAUCUACUACAUCGUCGGAAUCCUCAUCUACUUCUGGGCCUACAGUGAUGGUGAGAUUGUCUGCAUGCCGUGGAAAGUUCCCGAACGCCCAAGACCUGCCAAUGGACCCGCCAAGGUAUAAGAAGAGAAGGUUUUGAGAAAGGAUCAAAUCCGAAUUUGUACAACAUUUGAUUUCGUUUCUUGCACAAAAUUGCUUAUCCAAUACCGUGAAUUUUUAAACUUAUUCUCUCUUCUUCAAACCGGUCCGGCGGUCGGAGCGUCAACACUUAUUUUAUUUUUUUCUUAUGGGAACCUUCACUUUUUCACUGUGAUAUCGAUCAUGCAUGGCAUAGCAUAGCGUAUGGGGCAUUUAGGGGUGAGGUGGACGAUAACGGGGCAAUCAUUCCUUUCAUUUUUAUCUUCUGCCAUUUUCCUUUUCUACUCAUUUCCUUAGCGUUUUUUCAACUUACCCCUCCCCACUUGAGGUCGCUUAACGAACUGGAUUAUGGAUGUUUUUUUAUUUCCAGUCUUGGCCUCGGAAGGCGAGGGGUUUUCCUCAAGCUUACUGGUAUCCUUACCUGCACACAGCGUUUCACUAUUUCUUCCCUUUUCACGUUAUUUGCACGAGAUUUUCUGUUGGAUCUUGUAUCUUUUUUUAUGCCUUUCCUGCCGGUCUCUUAUUACUCUUGGCUCCUGCCUACUAUCUUCUUCUCCUGUCAGAGGCCUAAACAGUCUCAAACAUCCUCCCAUGUAUAUACUGCCCCUCCUCCCCUACCACUGUUACGACAACUACAACCAGUCCUUGCCCAUUCACUAAUACCCCCACACAUUCAUUUGAAAGAGGUAUCAUAAUACCUAUAUCUAUACCUUCUCCAACGGCAGAUGGAUUUUUUUUUUGCUUGUUCAUUUUUUUUCUUUUUCUUCUUUCGUGCUUUCCCCCUUUUACUAUAGCUUCUGUGUAUAUAUUCUCUCUCUAGAUACCGGUUUUGAUCAUAUAUACUUCUUGUACCUAAUUACUUUUUAACAUAUUUUUUUAUCAUGAU